AUGGCUUUGAAAGCAAGAGUUCUUUUAUGUGCCUUUCUCAUUACCUUCUUUGCGCCGAGCCAUGAAUACACAAUAAUAGCAGACACGACUGAAACAACAACUGGAACAGACACGACUGAAACAACAACUGGAACAGACACGACUGAAACAACAACUGGAACAGAACCAAUAACAGGAGACGGUUCCUGCCGAUACAACUGUGGGAGAUAUUCAUAUGGUUGCUCCUGUGAUUACAACUGUCGUUACUAUGGCAACUGUUGUAUGGAUUUCUGUGACUACUGCGCCUACAUGGAUUAUGGAUACUGUGGUGUUCCACCUACAGAAGUGUCAACGCUGAUAUGGGAGACAACAGCAUAUGGUUCCUGCCGAUACAACUGUGGGGGAUAUUCAUCUGAUUGCUCCUGUGAUUACAACUGUCGUUACAAUGGCAACUGUUGUAUGGAUUUCUGUGACUACUGCGCCUACAUGGAUUACGGAUACUGUGGUGUUCCACCUACAGAAGUGUCAACGCUGAUAUGGGAGACAACAGCAUAUGGUUCCUGCCGAUACAACUGUGGGGGAUAUUCAUCUGAUUGCUCCUGUAAUUACAACUGUCGUUACAAUGGCAACUGUUGUAUGGAUUUCUGUGACUACUGCGCCUACAUGGAUUACGGAUACUGUGGUGUUUCAACUGCAGUGUCAACGCCAAUAUGGGAGACAACAGCAUAUGGUUCCUGCCGAUACAACUGUGGGGGAUAUUCAUCUGAUUGCUCCUGUAAUUACAACUGUCGUUACAAUGGCAACUGUUGUAUGGAUUUCUGUGACUACUGCGCCUACAUGGAUUACGGAUACUGUGGUGUUUCAACUGCAGUGUCAACGCCAAUAUGGGAGACAACAGCAUAUGGUUCCUGCCGAUACAACUGUGGGGGAUAUUCAUCUGAUUGCUCCUGUAAUUACAACUGUCGUUACAAUGGCAACUGUUGUAUGGAUUUCUGUGACUACUGCGCCUACAUGGAUUACGGAUACUGUGGUGUUUCAACUGCAGUGUCAACGCCAAUAUGGGAGACAACAGCAUAUGGUUCCUGCCGAUACAACUGUGGGGGAUAUUCAUCUGAUUGCUCCUGUAAUUACAACUGUCGUUACAAUGGCAACUGUUGUAUGGAUUUCUGUGACUACUGCGCCUACAUGGAUUACGGAUACUGUGGUGUUUCAACUGCAGGACCAACGACGGCAUGGGAGACAACAGCAUACGGUUCCUGCCAAUACAACUGUGGGGGAUAUUCAUCUGAUUGCUCCUGUGAUUACAACUGUCAUUACAAUGGCAACUGUUGUACGGAUUUCUGUGACUACUGUGCCUACAUCGAUUAUGGAUACUGUGGUCUUACCACCACUGCACCAGCAUACGGUUCCUGCCGAUACAACUGUGGGGGAUAUUCAUCUUAUUGCUCCUGUGAUUACAACUGUCGUUACAAUGGCAACUGUUGUACGGAUUUCUGUGACUACUGCGCCUACAUGGAUUAUGGAUACUGUGGUCUUACCACCACUCCACCAGCAUACGGUUCCUGCCGAUACAACUGUGGGGGAUAUUCAUCUGAUUGCUCCUGUGAUUACAACUGUCGUUACAAUGGCAACUGUUGUACGGAUUUCUGUGACUACUGCGCCUACAUGGAUUAUGGAUACUGCGGUCUUACCACCACUGCACCAGUGUCAACGCCGAUAUGGGAGACAACAGGGUAUGGUUCUUGCAGAUACAACUGUGGGGGGUCUUCAUUCGGAUGUUCCUGUGAUUCCAGCUGCCAGUAUUAUGGCCGCUGUUGUCCUGAUUUCUGUGACCAUUGUGCUUACAUCGAUUAUGGGUACUGUGGAAUUAGCACAACAGAACCAGUAACAGGUGUAUGUGGAGGUUAUCUCUAUAAUCUUGAUGGAUCUUUCCUCAGUCCUGGCUAUCCAUACAGCUAUUCAAAUUCUGACACCUGCGUCUGGUACAUAAGAGUGAGCCAUAGAUAUAUAAUAGAUCUGUGGUUUACUGACAUUGACCUGGAAGUUUCAUCAGGUUGUCAUUAUGAUUAUGUUGCAAUAUAUGACGGACCUUCUACAUCUUAUAAUUUGCUUGAAAAACUCUGCCGUGCUUCAAAUGGAACAUUUACAUCAUCAUCCAACAGUAUGACAGUCCAUUUUCGAACAGAUUCUAGCGUAACUAGACGUGGUUUCGCUGCAAAUUACCGCUCUCUGCCCAUCAAUAAUGGUUAUUCGUGUGGAGGUUUCCUUGAUGAGGCCUUUGGAUCCAUUAUGAGUCCUAAUUAUCCAAACUUGUAUCCAAAUAGCGCAGAAUGCACUUGGUACAUAAGAACAAACAGCUCAAAAGUAAUAUAUUUGCGGAUCACUGACUUAGAGCUCGAGGCUCCAUCAAGUUGCCCGUAUGAUUUUGUUGCAGUGUAUGAUGGACCUACAAGAAAUUCUCCUCUGCUUGCCAAGUUUUGCCAUGAGCCAAAUUCGGCUUUCACAUCAUCAUCCAACAGUAUGACAGUUUAUUUCCGGACAGAUGGCAGUGUAACCAGACGUGGCUUCACUGCAAGCUACCACACUCUGCCCAGCAAUUACGCAAUUUUAACCUGUUCAACAAAUUAUAUGGAUGCAAAAAUUGAUAAAUCGUAUCUCAGCAUUCUGGGUUUUAAUGAGUCCAGUCUCCACUUGAAUGACCAAAGCUGCACGCCAAUAAUAACAGCUGAUAAAGUGGAAUUCACAAUACCACUUGAUCAAUGUGGUACAAUACGGGAGGUAAACAAUGGCAGCAUCAUUUAUUCCAAUACCAUCCGAUCUUCACCUUCUGACUCCACUAUAGUUCGUACGCAAUACCUGCAGAUUAAUAUUGGCUGUGAAAUGCAACAGGAUACGAUGGUUAAGGUCAUGUAUGUGGCAAAUGAAAACUCAGCACCUGAAAUAAUUCAUAAUUUAACAGAAUCUGGCAUGUUUAGAGCCAGCAUGAAUUUCUAUGAAUCAUCACUCUUUGCCACACCAGUGUCAGAUUCACCUUACUACGUGGAUCUCCUACAGAAUCUUUUCGUACAGGUUAACCUGAGCAGCUCUGAUGCCCGUCUUAAAGUUUUUGUGGAUACCUGCGUUGCAUCGCCAUAUAAUUUCAGCUGGCCAUCAAUAACCUAUUAUCUCAUCAAGAAUGGGUGUGUGAGGGAUGAGACGUAUGACACAUUGCCCUCACCAGCCAACAACAUCGCACGAUUCCAAUUCAGUGCCUUUAAAUUCCUGAACGCACAUUCCUCAGUCUACCUGCGCUGUGAACUUGUGAUAUGUGAAGCUUAUGAUUACUCCUCCCGUUGCUACCGUGGGUGCAUGUCUCGGCAAAAGAGGGCCACAGUUUCUUCAAAGGGAAAUACUGAUGUUACGUUGGGACCAAUUGAACUCAAAGGAGAUUAAUGAUAUUAUGAAAAUUCAGAUCUGGAAAAGAUGCGGACAAGGCUGAACAGACAAAUAUCCAAUCCAAUUUACCAUUUAUCCUGCCUCUGCUGGUUCUGUUUGGAGUUGUUUCACCACUGGAUGCCACUGUGAUAGAAUAAUUCAGGAAUCUGCAAGAAAAAGAAAAAAACAUUUUCAUGAACAUCUUUUACAUUUUAUGUGGAAUUCUACUGUGAAGUGAUGCUUUUAAUUGAUUGUUGACCUGAGUAGAUCCAAAACACUCCAAGCUAAUUAUACAGCAACCUUACAUGCACAAAUAUCAAAAGAUGAUCAAAGUUAUCUCUAAGGUUAUCCUAAGCAAUUAACUUGGUUCUUGAGAUUAUUUAUGAACAUAUGUCAUUUAUUAUAACUCCCAAUUAGAACACAAAUUUUAACUAAAAUUACUUGUCCAUUUGCUUCUAUUUCCAUUAAUUCAUUGCAAAGAAAUACAUUAACUGUAAUUAAAAAGUGGAACAAUAAAGCAUU